AUGGGGACGCAGAAGCCGGGAGAAUGGGCGAAUUCGUUAAUUGCCCGUUUCGAAGAGCAACUCCCCUACAAGACCGGUGCUCAGAACCUACACUCCCGCAUCAACGAGGAACAGUGCAAGGCCUGCCUCGUCCAGAUCAGCAAGCAUCGCUUCUCUCUAGUCAUAUCUGGCCUCACUAAAAUACUACAGAGGGUCAAUGAGCUGUAUCAACCCACAAUAUCAAUGGGAUCGAAUAGACCGCAGACGGAACAAGAGAAAGGCUACCACGAUAGCCUAGUCAUAGUUCUGGACACACUGGAGAUAUGCCUCAGUUCACAGCCCAAGGACACCGCCAAGUAUGAUGAGGCCAUGAACGUGAAGAUACUGUUGAGAGAAGUCUGCCAGUUUAUAUUUUCAAUAUACUACUACACAGACAUGCGCAAUGAGAGCACAGUGAAUAACACAUUACUGAGACAGCUGGCCAGCAAGGUGCUGUUCGCGCUCAGUCUCAACUUCUUUAACGCUGUGUUCAAUCGGAUCAGUGCACGAUUACAGGAACUAUCAUCUAGCUCAGAAGAAAACCCCGAUUUUACAGACAUAGAAUUAAUUCAACACGUAAACCUCGAUAUAUUGAGGCUUAUACGAUUACUUACAGAAUCUAUACAGAAAUACAAGCUGUUAAAGAAGAACGCACAUGUUGUGCUCACCUCGUCUCUAGAGAAAGCUAUAUGGAAUUGGAUGGAUACUUAUCCACAGGAGUUCGCAGAGAACCAAAGUCGGCCUAAUGAUGAAUUGAGCAAAUGCUGCGAUCUAUUAUUUGAUCUCUUACAAGACAGUUUCUCAGAUAACAAGAAAUCUAGGGUCACUGUGUGGCCGCUACAGAUAAUGCUUCUAUUAUUGAACCCUAAAGUUCUAGAAGAAAUAGUGAAUGCGGACAGCGGAGCGCCGUGCAGCCCACGACAUACGAAGAAGAAAUUAUUCAUAGAUUGUGUCAAGCGAGGACUCAGUCCAUCAAACAAUUCGAAGCAGAUGACGGAAGCUGCGGUAGUGACUUGCGUCAAGCUAUGCAAAGCGUCCACAUAUCUUAAUAUUGCAGACUCUGGGAAUGUUACAUUCAAACUUGUCAAGUCCGUUAUUAAUGAUUUAAAGUCCCUCCUCUUCAACCCCGCGAAGUCAUAUAUCCGUGGCAACCUGGUAUCAGGGUACUCAGAGAUCGAUCUCAUGACCGACUGCUUCGUAUCCCUGUUCCGGAUAAUGCCGCACAAUAACGACGCACUCAAAGUGUGCCUCAAUCUGACCACGCAUAUAUCCUACCAUUAUGUGAUUAUUAAUUCUCUAUUGAGGAUAAUAAAGCAACCUCGGCUGCCAUGGUGGCCGCAGAUAGAACUAUUGUACCCGCGCGCCGCAGAGCUACGCGCUAUGUUCACUGAUACCUCUAAUAAGGCCACGCAGGGCUACGUAGUCCACACCCCUCUAAGAAUGAUAUCACUAUCCCUGAAAUCCAAAGAAGUUCAGUCUAAGUUCAACAAGAGUGAGGAAAUGCCCGCGUACAGACAUCUACUGCUGUGCAUCGUUAAACUUAUACAUGCUGAUCCCAUGUUGUGGCUUAGUAAUCCUGGGCGUUCAAGCAUAGAGAUCCAGUCUUCGACUACGGAGCUUAUGAACGGCCUGGUCUCAUUGGUUCACCAGACCGGCAUGGGUGAGAUCUCCCAGGCCGCCAUGGAUGCUAUACUGGCUCUGCAUCGACCUGACAGGGUCCAUAUGUGGAAUCCAGAGGCUCCUUUGAAUACCUUCUGGGAUAUUAGCUCACAAGUCCUAUACAACAUAAGCCAGAAACUGAUCCAGCGGCAGAUUUGCAACUACCGCGAGGUCCUUAGAUGGCUGCGGGACAUACUGACAUGCCGCAAUGAGUUCCUCGCCAAACACAAGGAGUACGCAAACGUGGGAUCACAGAUACCUAUCUCAAAACAGGCGCACAUCAAAUUGGAGGUAGUGUUCUUCAUGUGUCUAUGGUCCAUAGACACGGACGUGGUACUGGUAGCGAUGUCGUGCUUCGCCCUCCUGUGUCAGGAGGCCGACAUUAGGUGUGGCUCCGAUGAAAUCACUACGCAGUGCCUAUUGCCUAACUACGCCGUGUUCCAGGAAAUUGCACAUACCUCCACUGUUUUGACCACUGCGGCCAGUCAGGAUAUGGGUAGAGGAUGUUAUUACAAAAAUAUACACAGCUCAGCUGCACUGCAGAAGCGAAUAAUGGCCUUGCUUCGGAAGAUAGAACAUUGCGUCAACGGGGUACAACCGGUGUGGGAGGAGACAUUCCGUUGUUGGGAUUCCCUCUGCAAGUUGCUCCAGAAGUACCCGAAAGGACAGGGGGACAAAGUGGACGACUGCCAGAUGGAAGCAAUACACAGAGCCGUUGCUAAGCGACGGGUCUCCCACCAUACAAGCAGUGAACAUGACUUUGAGAUGCAGAUCCAAGAGUGGGCUAAUAUAACAUCAUUCCUAUGUGCGCUCGGCGGUGUCUGCCUCCAGCGCCGGCCCACUACUUCGUGGUCACAUCUACAUGGACAUGCAGAUUCAAGGAAAUACAACGUUUUGGCGAACAGUUCCCAGGAAGUUCAAUAUUGCCCUGUUACUCAAUUCAUAGGCCAAUUACUCCGUCUCCUGCUAUGCAGUAACGAACGCUUUGGCCAACAAAUACAGACGCACGUCAAGGAGUUGGUCGGCCAUGAGAUGUCUCCAGCACUAUAUCCGAUACUCUUCGAUCAGAUCAAGGCCAUCAUUGACAAGUUCUUUGAUCAACAGCAACAGGUAAUGCUAACCGAUAUUAACACCCAAUUCGUGGAGCACACGAUAUUUAUAAUGAAGAGUAUCCUGGACAUCAAGAAGAGUGGCCAGCCCAACGAACAUCUCAGUACUACGUCCAUCGAGACACUGAUGCUGUCCAUCGUCAGGUACGUGCGACACCUAGACAUGACAGUACUGUCGGUGCACAUAAAGACGAAACUCUGCCAAGUAGUCGAGGCCAUGAUGAGGAGGAGGGAUGACCUUGCUUUUAGACAGGAAAUGAAGUUCCGUAACAAGAUGGUGGAGUACGUGACGGACUGGGUGCUGGGCACCAGUCACCAGAUCGCUCCACCACUCCGAGCUGACGCCUCCUCCAUCACCAGAUACCUGGUCUGCUGCAGAGAGCUGGACCAAGCGUGUAUGGAAGCAGUGGCUUCGUUGCUGAAGGGUCUACCUCUUCAGCCCGAGGAGUCGGAUCGAGGGGAUCUCAUGGAAGCCAAGAGUCAACUGUUUCUUAAAUACUUUACUCUAUUCAUGAAUCUCCUGAACGACUGUAACGAGGUGGAGAUGGCAGAAGGUCCAGGUCGGCUGGAGACGCUACGUAACGCGACCAUACAGGCCAUGUCCAAUCUACUCAGUGCAAACAUCGACUCUGGACUUAUGCAUAGUAUUGACUUGGGUUAUCACCGCGACUUGCAGACUCGAGCGGCGUUUAUGGAAGUGCUAACUAAGAUACUGCAACAGGGGACAGAGUUCGAUACUCUGGCCGAGACAGUACUAGCUGACAGAUUCGAACAGCUUGUACAACUCGUCACGAUGAUAUCAGACAAGGCUGUCUCCCAACAUACCCAGGGCGAGCUUCCGAUAGCCAUGGCACUGGCCAACGUGGUCAGUACGUCACAGAUGGAUGAACUGGCACGAGUCUUCGUCACUCUUUUUGACGCCAAACAUCUCCUGGCGCCGCUGUUGUGGAAUAUAUUUUAUAGAGAAGUCGAGGUUUCAGACUGCAUGCAAACCUUAUUCCGAGGCAAUUCGCUGGGCAGCAAGAUCAUGGCAUUCUGCUUCAAGAUAUAUGGGUACGUGUACCUACAGAACCUGCUGGAGCCUCUCAUCACGGCGCUGCUCGACCAGGCUGAUGAGCGAGGGGAUAUCAGCUUCGAGGUCGAUCCUGCUAGAUUAGACCCAAACCAAGACAUAGAGAUGAACAGGUCUAACCUAAUAGACCUGACCAAGGAGGUCUUCGAUAGAAUAGUAGGGUCAGCAGAGAAGUUCCCGCCGCAAUUGCGCAGCAUGUGUCACUGUUUGUAUCAGGUACUCAGUAAGAGAUUUGCCCAGUUCCCACAGACGAGCGUGGGUGCUGUCGGCACCGUACUCUUCCUUCGGUUUAUCAAUCCUGCCAUUGUAUCCCCCCAAGAGAUGGGUAUAGUGAACCGCCCAGUCCCGCCCCACGUGAAGCGCGGCCUGAUGUUAAUGUCAAAGAUCCUGCAGAACAUCGCCAACCACGUGGAGUUCUCCAAGGAACAACACAUGUUGCCGUUCAAUCACUUCCUUAGGGCGCACUUUGAGGCUGGCCGCAAGUUUUUCAUCCAAAUCGCAUCGGAUUGCGAGUCAGUAGAUCAAACAUCACACAAUCUGUCGUUCAUAAGUGACGCAAAUGUCGUCGCCUUGCAUAGACUGCUAUGGAACCAUCAAGAGAGGAUUGGAGACUAUCUGUCCUGUAGCCGGGACCAUAAGGCCGUUGGGAGAAGGCCUUUUGACAAGAUGGCGACAUUGCUGGCUUACUUGGGACCGCCAGAACAUAAGCCGAUUGAAUCCACCUCGAGUCUCCUGUUCUCAUCGUACGCGCGCUGGUCAUCCAUAGAUAUUUCUUCUACAAACUUCGAAGAGUUCAUAGUAAAACAUAAUAUGCAUAAAAAAGAAGAAUUCAAAAGUAUAAAGAGCUUGAAUAUAUUCUACCAAGCUGGGACUAGCAAGCUUGGGAACCCCGUGUUUUAUUUUAUAUCUCGAAGAUACAAAAUAGGCGAGGUGAACGCCGACCUUCUAAUCUACCACGUGAUCCUGACCCUGAAGCCAUUCUGCCAGCAGCCGUUCGAGCUGAUAGUGGACUUCACGCACACCAACUCUGACAACAGGUUCAGGACGGAUUUCCUACAGAAAUGGUUUACAGUGCUGCCUGAAGUUGCGUAUAUAAAUAUUCAUGCCUGCUACAUAUAUAACUGUAACAGCUGGGUGAGGGAGUAUACGAAGUUCCAUGAAGCUAUACUCGCGCCUUUAAGGGGUAACCGCAAGCUAGUAUUCAUAGAUAAUCAUAGCAGAUUGUCAGAAUACGUAGAGGUGGAACAACAGAAGCUGCCAGGCGCCACUCUAGCGCUGGAAGAGGACUUAAAAGUGUUUAAUAAUGCCCUGAAAUUAUCACAUAAGGAUACUAAAGUCGCUAUUAAGGUCGGACCAACAGCUUUACAAAUAACUUCAGUAGAGAAGACCAAAGUCCUCGGUCUACCCGUUCUACUGAACGACGUCUACUAUGCUUCGGAAAUAGACGAGGUGUGCCUCGUUGAUGACAACCAGUUCUCACUCUCGAUCAUCAAUGAAUCGACUCCUUUGAGCUUCAUACACAACGACUGCGAUAAUAUAGUGCAGUCCAUCAUACAUAUACGGAACCGAUGGGAGCUUAGUCAGCCUGACUCAGUGACAGUCCACCAAAAAAUACGUCCAAAGGACGUCCCCGGCACGUUACUGAACAUGGCCCUCCUGAACCUCGGCUCUUGCGACCCCAACCUGCGCACGGCCGCCUACAACCAACUCUGUGCGCUCACCGCUACCUUCCAUCUCAAGAUCGAAGGACAACUGCUCGAGACUUCUGGCCUAUGCAUUCCGUCCAACAACACGAUAUUCAUAAAGUCGGUGAGCGAGAAGCUGGCGCACAAUGAGCCACACCUCACGCUCGAGUUCCUCGAGGAGUGUAUACAGGGUUUCCGAGGAUCUACAAUUGAGCUCAAGCAUUUAUGCUUAGAGUACAUGACGCCAUGGUUGGCCAACUUAGUUAGAUUCUGCAAGCCAUCAGAAGAAUCGAGACGUCAAAAGCAAGUGGCACAGAUAUUAGAAAAAUUGAUAACAUUGACUAUAGAGGAGACUGAGAUGUAUCCGUCAGUGCAGGCCAAGAUAUGGGGCUCUAUUGGCCAGGUCCCCGAGCUUAUUGAUAUGGUGCUCGACAGCUUCAUACAGAGGAGCGUCAAUUCUGGCCUUGGAUCCCCAAUGAUAGAAAUAAUGGCUGAUACCGCCGUAGCCCUGGCCUCAGCUAACGUCCAGCUAGUCUCCAAGAAAGUCAUCGGUCGCAUGUGCAGGGCCCUAUCUAAACUGCCCAAUAAUAUCCUGGGUCCUGUCACCCCGGCCACUGUGGUGGACAAAACCUGCCACUCUCCGACCGCCAUGUUGGAACAGCACAUGAUGUGGGAUGACAUUGCUAUACUCGCGAGGUAUUUGCUAAUGUUAUCAUUCAACAACUGCCUGGACGUGGCCCGCCACCUGCCCUACCUGUUUCAUACAGUGACGUUCCUCGUGUGCUCGGGUACAGUCUCCAUGCGAGCUGCCACCCAUGGACUGGUCAUCAACAUCAUACAUUCCCUUUGUACUUGCACUACGCCAAGCUUUUCAGAGGACACCCAACGCGUCCUAAGACUGUCCUUGGACGAGUUUGCCUUACCCAAGUUCUACCAGAUGUUUGGCAUAUCGAAGGUCAAGUCGGCAGCCGUCACCGCGUUCCGCAGCCCUUACAACAGACAUACUAAUGAUUGGUACUCCGAGCACUCGUACGCAACAUGCUCAGAAUCCACCAGCACGGGUACCUGCGCAGGCGCAACACACACAGACCGCGAACGACUGCCUCUACAAUCACUAGAAAUCAUCACUGAUGCUCUAUUGGAAAUUAUGGAGGCUUGCAUGCGGGACAUACCAGAUUGUGAUUGGCUUCAGACUUGGACGUCCCUGGCCAAAAGUUUUGCGUUUUGCUUCAACCCAGCUCUACAACCGAGAGCUUUGAUAGUCUUCGGAUGUAUUAGUAAAAACGUAACAGAUGAUGAUAUGAAACAGCUACUCCGUAUACUAGUGAAGGCGCUGGAGUCGUUCAAUGACCUCGCGUUACUGGAGGCUCUGAUUAUGGCACUCACUAGGCUACAACCGCUGCUGUACCCGGCGUCACCAAUUCACAAGGCUCUAUUCUGGGUGGCACUGUCAGUGCUGCAACUGGACGAGCCGACACUAUACGCCGCCGGACUUGCCUUCAUGGAACAAAAUCUACACACACUGGAGUCUCAGGGUCAAUUCCAGAGUAAGUCGCUGGAACAGGUGAUGAUGGAAACCAGAGAACCUCUGGAGUGGCACUUCAAGCAGAUGGACCAUGCUGUGGGACUCAGUUUCCGGUCGAACUUCCACUUCGCGCUGGUGGGCCACCUGAUCAAAGGAUACCGUCACCCUGCCGCCGCCACCGUGUCACGAACCUGCCGCGUCCUCGUCAAGCUUCUGGCACUCGUCGCCAGCCCCCAAACCCACCGCGACAAGUUCCACGUCACCCCACACACCGUCGCCUACCUCACUGCGUUAGUGUGUGUGAGUGAGGAGGUCCGGUCUCGAUGCCAUGUAAAGCACUCCCUACCGAAGUGGCUUCCCGACAACUGCGACCACUACUGUCCUACCGCUGAGUUGCACCAGUCGUCAAUCCUGAUCCAGCCGUCUUCGUCUCACAGUUCGUGUCACAGUCGCCGCCAGAAGUCCUGGGACGUACUCGACCAGGCCGCCAUCUCCUCCGCACAUGGAGGUAAAUCCCCAACUUUACAAUCUUCGAGCAGCGGAGGUCAUAGUCCGCAUCUCGUCACAGUCCCGCAUCAGGACAGUGAAGGCAGAGCACAUAGCAUGCAGCACGGUCCUACUGGAGAGUCGGCGAGGGAAGCAGGCGAUGGUGACAGCGGGUUUGAUAUAGUCGAGGAUGAUGGCCGAGGUUCUCCUGGCAGCACUGAUGACACGGAGCGACCGUCGUCUACCAAAUCUGGGGACAGCGACUACCCUGAGACUUCUACUAAGCAAGCGUCUACUGACAAGGACACAAGCAGUCCGGAGAGUAACAGUCUGCUGGACCCCUCAGUUCUAGAGGACUUCACGACUCAAGCACUCGUACUCACCGUGUUAGCAACACUCGUCAAAUAUACUACAGACGAGGAUGAGAUAAGAAUAUUAUACCAGUACUUGGCUGAGGGAUCCGUGGUGUUCCCGAGAGUGUUCCCGGUCAUUCACAGUCUACUGGAUAUGAAGAUCAACCACGUGUUGAUGCAUUGUCAUGAUCAACUCAUUCUGAGCGCUGUACAGAGUAUUAUACAGAAUAUGAUAGCGAGCGAAGACGCGAGUCAACAACAGUUGCAUUAUAUGCAGAGUUGUGGCUUCGGAGGUCUCUGGAGAUUUGCAGGACCAUUCACUAAGAACCAAUGCACAGCAGAAAGCAGUGAGCUGUUCGUGAACUGCUUAGAAGCGAUGGUGGAGACCUGUCUCCCUGGAGGGGACGAGGCGCUGACCAGGGCUCCGCCACCGGACCCUGACCAUCCGGACCCCUGCGACCAGCAUCGAUACCCUGAUUUAUUCACAGGCGUCCACCGACAGGCGACGCUAUACUGCGCGCCUCAGGACACCUAG